CUCUAAACCAAUCAAUGUGCCUCUUUGAGCUCACCUGAAUGCCGGAAACUUUCAAGCAGCAACCUCGUUGAAGUUGAGUGUCUGGCAACCCGGCCAUUAUUUCUGGCUAGCGCACGAAUGUAGGGGCACAUCAGCUCGCGCGCUCAAAGAGCACACUCAGCCUCAUCAAGCCAAGCUUCCAGCAUGCUCAUGAAGAUAAGAUAUAAGAGGAGCCACCGCUGAACAUCUCGUUGUUGCGGGAACUGAUGUGUCUUUGCGCCUCCUUUCAGUGCCUCCUGUAGUGCGUCAUGGGAAAUCACCAAACAUUCCUACUGCUGCUUCUACGGAUGCUCACCACCGAGUUGUGUCAGGCCGAGGAUGUGAUAGCGACGACUAUGAUACCAGUGGAAGAAGUGACUGAUAUCCCAAUAUCCCCCAAUGUACUGAGGGUGUCAAGGCAGAUCCUGGCAGCUCAGUUCGAGUGUUACCUCAAAAUACUGCACGACCCACCAUACACAGAGCUGGGGCCAUACUGUAACCGCACAUGGGAUGGCUGGCUGUGCUGGGGAGACUCGGAACCAGGAACCGCCAUGCAGUACUGCCCUACUUAUUUCCAUGACUUCGACCCAGCAGAGAAAGUAACCAAAGUGUGUAACUCGGAUGGACAGUGGUUCCGACAUCCAGAGAGCAACCGACUGUGGUCCAACUACACCCUGUGCACUGCCUUCACAAAGGAAAAAGUCACGGUCGCGUUCACCAUGUAUUAUCUGGCAUUGCUGGGUCACACCCUAUCUGUGGUCUCCCUGAUUAUAUCCAUUUUCAUCUUCUCAUAUUUCAAGUGUCUGAGCUGCCAGAGAAUCUCUCUCCAUAAGAACAUGUUUCUGUCCUUUAUCUUCAACUCCAUAUUAAUGUUUAUCUGGUUACCGAUGAUCUUCCACGAUGAACAGCUGGCUGCCACCAACCAAAUCGGCUGUAAGAUCUUGGCGAGUCUGAUGCAUUACACAGCAUGCUCAACGUACUUCUGGAUGCUGUGUGAGGGAAUCUACCUGCACACGCUUAUCAUCGUGGCUGUGUUUGUGGGAGAACAGCAACUGGGCUGGUACUACCUGCUGGGCUGGGUAUUUCCAAUCAUUCCGGCUGUCAUUCAUGCUGUGGCUCGUCUCAACUUCCACGACGACAAUUGCUGGAUAUACAACUCCAACCUGCUCUACAUCGUCCACGGGCCAAUCCAUGUGGCCCUGGUGGUGAACCUUUUCUUCCUGUUAAACAUAGUGCGUGUUCUGAUCACAAAGCUAAAAGUGACCCACAAGUGCGAGUCCAACGCCUACAUGAAAGCCGUGCGCGCCACCCUAAUCCUGGUGCCCCUGAUGGGUGCUCACUUCAUCCUGGUGCCCCUGCAGCCUCAGGAGAGGCUGCCCUUGGCUGUGUAUGAGUUCUUCAUGAACAUCUUCAUGCAUUUUCAGGGCUUCCUGGUGGCCAUCAUCUUGUGUUUUGCAAAUGGAGAGGUGCACUCAGCUAUAAGACGUAAGCUCGCCCAGUACCGUAUCCAAUGCCGGCAACGCCUGGUGACGACCGACUCUCAUUCUCACAACUACAACACCACCUCGUCGUUCGUCGAGACCAGCCGAGGGACCAUGAGCCUGGAGCAUGCAUCGCCCCACGUGGACGAUGACAAAACAAACACAGCCAUGUAUGUCCUCAAUGGCCAGAGCAACGGCAGGCACAGGUUCAGCGUAGAUGAUCAGAAACUCGAAGUCCUGGAGUCAUCAAAGAUCUGACGCGCAAAUGAAGAGACUAUUUUUUAGACAGCUUUAAAGAAAUGUCACCCUGAAUGUGAAGUGAUUUCCUUCACAUAGUUAGUAUGUCAUUUAAAUUAUACUAACUGGUCCAAAUAUUUCAUGUUUUACAUAAAUCUGUUACAACACUGUAAAAAACACUGCCCUUUCGGCAGAAGGUCACAAAUUUGAAGUUGAGUUUGAAGUUUGAAAGAACUCUGGGAAAGAUUGUCUCAUUUUUCUUCACAUCUGUCAUUUGGAGUGACUCUACCCAAUAAGAGGCAUUUAGAAUACUUAUUUAGGCAUUUAGAAUCCUCCUGAACAUGCCAAGAUCCGCAAGGUUACCAUUAUCAGGGGUGAACAAGUCAGGAGCACAAAAAUUUUAUAAAAAAGUUAGACAGAUAAGGAGCUUUAUUAUAGGAUAGCUUAAAUGCGGAUAAAUGUCAUUUUAGUUACUAUGGGCCCUACUCUAAUCCUGGCAAAUCCUUGGUAAAUAUGAGCAAAGAAAUCAGUGAAAAUGUUUUUUUUCAAACACAAAAAUACUCAAAAAACUUUUUAUUGCAGAAAACAAUUAUUGGUGCCCUUAGGAAAUCAUGUAAUACCAAUAUAUUUGAAUUGAUAUUUGAAUAUUCUUAGGACACUUUGGUGACUAGGAACCUAAAAUUGUUCAACCUUGACUUCCUGUUUACAGGGGAAUAAAUAUGAGGUAACACAGGCCAAAUUCACUUAGUCAUUCAUCAAUGAGUAUGACCAAGAAAUAUAGCUGUGAUGUGUGUGGAAAAAGUUGUUUAGCAUCACAGAAUAGGAAGCAGCUAAAAGUAAAUAGCAAAAGCAUUUAAAAUGUCCACCUGCUGCACUACAAACAUUGUCUGAAAUGGUUUAUCGUAGUCUGAUUAAUUACAAGAUUCUAAAUAUUAGUAAGCAGAGACAGAGAAAACAACAGACGUUUACUGCUGAAACGCCCUCAAGUUGCAGACAUCAGCCAACAAUUUAAAACUAGCUAGCUACAUAACAAAGUUAGUUUUUUAUAUACAUGAGCUCAAAAGACUGAAGCUUUGCUAAAUCAAGAAUGUGAACAAGUAGACAGUGUUCUGGCCAUUUCUUUUAAAAUCUAAGAGAUUCGAAGCUAGCAUAACCUGCACAUUCAGAUUGCAGGAAAAACAUGGAAAGCUGCAAUGCUAGCUAACCACAACCGCUGUGUGUUAUGAAGACAGAAGCCUAAAGUUUGGGCAGAUAACUUUUUAGAACAUGAUGUGCUAAGUUAAGCACUCAAAAUAUCUACCUAGCUCAAAAUACUUUUUUAUUUUAGCUUACUUGCUUAACAUAGGACUUAGGAUUUUGAAGAAUCAAUUUUGAAGACUUGUACCCAGUUUGGAUUUAAUGUAGUUGGGUAUUUUGAAGCAGUACACAGUACAUGUGGUUUAUGCAUCUGUGUGUGCAGAAGGUGAAUUCUCCUGUUUAAAUAUAUCAGGGUCAAAAAGCAGAAUUCCAGCAGGGUACCCCAUAAAUUUGUUUAAACUUCCUGAUUUUUAAUAAUCUUGUCUGCAGGACCAAGUCACGUGGUCCGGAUUGUUUUAUCAGAGCACUGCGAAUUUGAAAAUAUGUAAUUAUUUCUUAAAUAUGUGUACAAACAUUUGUAAAUAGGCGUUCUGUGUGUUUUUCACCCACAACCUUCUCGCAUUCUUGGCGAAGACGUUCUUCCCCCUUUCCUUGCUUUGCACCUAGAUUAUAGUAAGGUGUGAAAAGAUGUGUUUAUAUGCUUGUAUGUGUCUCUUGUCAACCUGAAACAUUCCAGUGAAAUUUCCAGGUUGUGUAAAGAGCUGUCAUUUGUCACUUCUCGAACUGUUUAUAACAGAUGCUAUUGUUAUGAAGAGCACAAAAAAAUAAAUGUUAUUGCACUGGA